AGAAGCAAAUCUGGGCUAACCAGAAAUUGUUACUAGGGUCAGUUACUUCCUCCUGUGCUAUUGACUGAGGGGAUGGAGCAACUGCUUUUAAGAUUUAGCUGAGACAUUCCUUCAUUUGGCAUAUCCUUGAUGCCUACUAAGUUCUAGACUUCGGGAAUGCAAGGAGCAGUAAGUCACUGUCCUAAAUACCUCUGCCUAGGUGGGACACAGAUUUCAAUACAGGUACGAUAAUUGCCGUCACUAAGGCAGCCAAAGGGUUUACUGGUUCCCAAUUGGGAGCCAAGUAAUUCACGGGCAGUUCAGGAUGGCUUCAGGGAUGAUGUGAUUUAUGAACGAUGGAUGAAUGGGAUUUUGAAAGAUGAGUGGUAGGAGGGAUAGGGCAUGUUGGAGGAACAGCCGGGCCAACGGUUGAGAUAGAAGGCGUGGGUUUGCCAAGGAAGUGAGAGGGGUAGGGGCGUGGGGAGGAAGCGAUAGGUUGAGCGGUGAGGUGGGAUCCAGAUCCUGAUGGGGCAUUAGCUAGGCAAUCUCGAGUACUGAUCCCGAUGGCACUCUCCUCUCCUUACCUCCGCCACCUUUUAAAUUGUAUAUUUCAGGGUAAGCAGAGGACCUGGCCCCUAAUAAUCCGGGAGGGCCUCCCAGGGGUCCCGGUGCUGGGUACUCUGACAGACGCGCUGUACCCCAACUUCACAACCCGUCUGCUAUUCGGAUGUUGAAGAGAGCUCACGGAAGGGACCGGCUUGAGUACCGAAAGUGGGACAGGAGAGAUGGGACUUGCCAGAAUUCGGGGGCUUUUCUGCUAUUCCAGGCGUGGGGGGAGUAAGGGAGACUGUCUCAGGAUGUCCUUCCGGGACGCCCAGCGGGCCCCAGUAAAGAAUGAAGCUAGUUGACACCGGAUGUGUUUCCUCCCAGGCUGACCCCACCUUCCGGCCUGGGCCGCCGCUGCAGUGGAAAGCUCGGCUCUGGUUUCUGAGUCGAUUGUGACCAUGGCUGCUGAGUCUGAUGUUCUGCACUUCCAGUUUGAACAGCAAGGAGAUGUAGUCUUGCAGAAAAUGAAUCUCUUGAGACAGCAGAAUUUAUUUUGUGAUGUGUCAAUUUAUAUUAAUGACACUGAGUUCCAGGGGCACAAGGUGAUUUUAGCUGCUUGCUCCACUUUUAUGAGAGAUCAGUUUUUACUCACGCAGUCAAAACAUGUCAGAAUCACCAUCUUGCAGAGUGCAGAAGUUGGCAGAAAAUUGUUGCUCUCUUGCUACACUGGAGCACUUGAAGUUAAAAGGAAAGAGCUUUUGAAAUACUUGACUGCUGCUAGUUACCUUCAGAUGGUUCACAUUGUGGAAAAGUGCACAGAAGCUUUGUCAAAAUAUCUGGAAAUUGAUCUUACUAUGAAAAAUAACAAUCAACAUGCUGACCUGUGUCAAUCCUCUGAUCCAGAUGUUAAGAAUGAAGAAGAAAAUUCAGAUAAAGACUGUGAGAUCAUUGAAAUUUCAGAGGAUAGUCCUGUGGACAUAGAUUUCCAUGUUAAAGAAGAAGAAAGCAAUGCUUUACAGUCUGCAGUAGAGAGCUUGACAUCAGAAAGAAAGGAAAUGAAGUCACCAGAGCUGUCUUCAGUAGACAUAGGUUUUAAAGACAAUGAAAUUCGUAUCCUCCAUGUGGAAUCUAUCAGUACUGGGGAUGUAGAAAGUGGGAAGUUAUCACAGCCUUGUACCUCUUCAAAAGCAAGCAUGUAUUUCUCGGAAACACAGCAUUCACUGAUCAAUUCUACAGUUGAGAGCAGAGUGGCAGAAGUUCCUGGGAAUCAAGAUCAGGGCUUAUUUUGUGAGAAUACUGAAGGAAGUCAUGGUACAGUGAAUGAGAUUCAGAAUCUAGAGGAUGCUUUUUCCCUGAGGCACCAGUGCCCCCGGUGCCCUCGGGGGUUUCUUCACGUUGAAAACUAUCUGCGCCACCUUAAGAUGCAUAAACUGUUCUUAUGCUUACAGUGUGGGAAAACGUUUACACAAAAGAAAAAUCUCAACCGGCACAUUCGAGGGCACAUGGGCAUACGGCCCUUUCAGUGUACUGUAUGCCUGAAGACAUUUACUGCUAAAAGCACACUUCAAGACCACUUGAACAUACACAGUGGGGAUCGGCCAUACAAAUGCCACUGUUGUGACAUGGAUUUCAAGCACAAAUCUGCUCUCAAAAAGCACUUAACAUCUGUCCAUGGCAGAAGCAGUGGCGAAAAACUACCCAGGCAUGAUCUGGAAAGGCAAAAUCGACUAUAAUUAGAAUCACACCUUGCUAUGUAAGCCUUACAUCAUUCUGUUAGGCAAGUCUUUCUAUAGAAAUGCAGCAUUUGUAAUAUUGCAUUUCCAACCCUAUCUUUGGGUCUUAUUUUUGGUCUACCUACACAAGUUAUUCUUUCUGAACUUGUACUACCAGUUCCAAAGUGUGGGAGACAUGUUAAAGCUGAGAGGAUGCUGUCUCAUCUCAUACAUUAUAUAUAAGUCCCAGUGGUUUACCUAGAGAAAUAGUGUUCCUCUUAAAUAUUCUUGAUUCUAGUGACAGAGGACCAGCAUUAUUUCCAGAUUCUGACUUUGAGUCUCUAGGUAAUUGAUAUAAGUGUAAAAUCCAACCAUACCAUAACUUCAAUAAAUUAGGAUAAUGGGAAGAGAAAAUAAAUUUUAAAACAUGCUAUUACCCAUUAUUAGUGAUUUUAAAAACAGGACUGGUGAAUUUUUUUUUAACCAACUCUAUUGGAUUCCAAACUAAACACCAAGGUAUCUAUUGUUUUAAACCAUAAAGGAACACAAUUCAAAUUCAUUUGGAAGUAGCAGACUUUCCUUAUACAUAAGCUAAUAUUCCUUACAAUAAUAUUUCCAUGAGUUGUUAGUAUACAUAUUUUAGAAAUGAUUAAUUGGGCCUAGGUUUCUUGAUUUUAUUUAAUACGGUUACAUUUAAUAAUUUUGUGGCCAGUAGAAUUAUACCAUUGGCAUGAAGCUCUAAGAUAUUUUUUCUGUUUCCUUUUUGAAAUUUAUUUUAUUUGUUGGUUAACGUACAGUAAAAUUGACCUUUGUUUUUGGUGUACAGUUCUAUGAAUUUUUACAUAUGUACAGAUUUAUGCAACCACCACUGCAAUUAGGAUACAGAACAUUCCAUCACCCUCCAAAACUCCUUUAUGCUUCCCCUUUGUAGUCAGCUCCUCAUCCUAGCACUAAACCCAGGCAACAGUUCUCCAUCACUAUAAUUUUGCCUUUUCUGAAAUAUCAUAAAUGGAACCUUAUAGUAUGUUCCUCUUUAUUAAAAAAAAAUUAUGAUUUAUUUCUUUCUUUUGGCUGCACUGGGUCUUAGUUCCAGCACACGGGAUCUUUUAGUUGCGGCAUGCAGACUUCUUGGUUGCAGCAUGCAUGUGGGAUCUAGUUCCCUGACCAGGGAGCGAACCCAGGCCCCUUGCAUUGGGAGCACGGAGUCUUACCCACUGGACUACCAGGGAAAUCUGUAGCAUGUUCCCUUUUGGUAUGCUUUUUUCACUCAGCAUAAUGCCUUUGAGACUCAUCCAUGUUCCUGUGUGCAUCAGUAGUUCAUUCCUUUUUCUGUGUUGAAUUGGCAGUAUAUAUUAGUUUUCUUACUGUCACUAGAUGAGCAGUUUAAAUAUGGGUAGCUAUUAGUAUCCUCUUAAUAACUUUUUUCAUUUACAUUAAUGCAAUUUUUAUAACCCUCCCUAGAGUUUUCUUUUUUCAUUUUUCCUGAAGUGUUCUAUUUGCCUUUUCCCCCUCAGUUUUAUGAGAUGUACUUGACAUACAUCACUUUAUGAGCUUAAGGUGUAUAGCAUAAUGUUCUGACUUACAUAUAUUGAAAUACUUAGUGCAAUAAAUUUAGUAAGGAUCCAUCAUCUCAUAGAGAUAUAAUAAAAAGAGAAAGCAAAAAAACAUUUUAUUUUUCUUUUUAUGAGGAUAUUGACUGAAAAAAAUGCACAAUGCUAGAGUUGCUGUAAGGACACUAAAGAUUAAGUGGUCAUGGAGGUAGAAGGGGCAGAGGAUCCAUCACACCCCACUGCACCCUCUGGACUUCCUGUUAGGUGAGAAUUAUAUACCUCCUACUUCUUUUAGUCACUGUUUUCCAGUCACUCGUAAAUAAAAAUUGUCUGCACAGGGAGCACCAGGGCCAGGGCAGGGGAGGGUGCUUCCCUGUACCAUUAAAAUGCUCAUUUUAAGUUCCUGUCUUGAACAGGUUUAAGAUAAAAGCGUACAGUUCUGUGGGCCACUUAUGUUUCCUCCUAACAAGUUGAAAACGAUUUUAAUAAAAAGUUGUUUUUGCCAGCAGGUUUCUCACAUGUCGUGCUCAUGAGGCUCAAGCAACUCAGUGGUUGGGAACUUGGGUCUCCAAGUGGUCGCUGUCGGGCAGUGGUUGGAUAUGGGAUCAUUUGUUUUUUGGAAGUUUACGAUUUUUUUCAGCCUGUCCUCCCAAUUUGCUGAGUCCCAAGGCAUCUUGAGAUGAGUUUUCUGUCUCUGCAUUACCACCUUAUCACGAUUCCUUGCCAAGAUGUCCAGGUUGGCCCUUUUCUUUCUUGUCAGACAAGGAGCUGAUAGAGGACUUGAUGACCUUCUUCCUGGGGGCUUUGGGCAGCGAGUCCUGGCUGCUGUUACUACUGCUGGGGUUGCUCACGGGGCCAUCCUGCAAACCUUUUGAGUUGUGCACAUCCCUGGUGUUCUCGGGGCUGGCUGUGUGCAGCACCCCCUUGUGCAUCUGGUCCAGCCGAAGGGACAACGGGGAGGAGGGGGCCGAGGUUCCACAUUUUAUGGUCAUUUUGUCAUCUUGUACCGCUUCUCGGGAAGCUGGUGGCCUGGAAGUCUCCUCACUCAGCCCUGGCAGCCAGCCUUUCUGGGGAUGCAGCCACACCACGCUGCUGCUGAAGGAGUCUGCAGGCCCAUCUGCCACGGGGAACCUGACAUCUGGGACACUGCCCAAGUGGGGUCGGCCUUGGUGAUGGAGCUCCUCUCAGCCUUGUCUGGUCCAGUUAAGCUUUCAGGGCUUCCAGGUUUAGUCUUAGCUGAUCCUUACCAUGUUGCAUUUCUUCUAACUGCAUUUUUGCAUUCUCAACUUCUAGUAGGAGAGACUUCUUUGCUAGAGUAGCUGUUCUCUCUUUAAGAUGAAGCUGAAGCCUCUUGUUAGAUUCUGAAAGAAGCUUGUCAACAGUGUCCCAUAAACAUUAUGUUCUUCAUUCAUUUUCUCUCUGCCUUGCCUUGGAGAGUGCAGCCACACUCUGGGCCAGCUCUGCCUCCACCUUGGGGAGCACCUCUGCUAUCUGCAGGGUCUGCUGCAGCUCCUGCUGUGCCAGCUGCAGGCGUUCUUGCAACUGGCAGUUUUUAGCCUCAGUUUCAGGGACAUCUCCUUUCAAUUUCGUGUUCAUUUCCUCAGAUUUAAUGAGGUCUUCUCUGGCCGUGUACAGAUUUCCUCCAGCUCUGUAACGUGAGUAGAGAGGGCCGCCAGGCGCUCCUUCAUCUGGCUCCGCUCUCUUGACUGCUUGUCCCUGAUUUCCCCAGAGCUCGAUCAAUUUAGCAAGGUCUUCCUCGUGAAGAUCUUCUUCAGAGAAGACCUAUAGGUCUCCACCAUCAUGUCCCUGUACAAGGCCCUCUGAGCAGGGUCCAGGUAUUCCCACUCCUCCUGAGUGAAUUUUAUAGCCACCUCCUCAAAGGUCAACCGUUCCUGAGAAAGAGCGAUCCCAGACUCCAGUUCUUUCCUCUUCCAGGCAUCUUCCUUAGGCUGUUGAAGCCAAUCUUGAAAGUUUCAAAGGUACUGUUUAAUGCUUGGAAUCAGCAUACCCUCUUCCUGUGCCACAACCAUGCACACAUGGGCGACCUCACUACGUGGAAUAGACUGCUGCCGACACUCACAGGAGGGAUUCUGCACAGUCAUCUCCCACAGAGACCGACAGGUGAGGUUUCCCACACUUUGCUUCAGAUCACGCUCGCCCAGGAGUUCCCUGGUGGCCUAGUGGUUAGGAUUCUGGGCUCUCGCUGCUGUGGCCUAGGUUCAGUCCCUGGUCAGGGAACCGAGAUCCUGCAGGCAAAUAAACUUUCCAAUAUAUGAGAAGAGAAGAAGAAUGCACUCAGGCCUGGAAUAAAUCUGACCGGUAAUGGCCACAUCCGGAUUUACUUGGGGCGGAGGGCCAGGUGCUGGGAUUUUAGAUCCCUAGAGAGUCCCACACCAACAGGAAGGGUAGCAGGGUACGGCACAGCACAAAUUUACCCUAGAAAGAAGCCCUCCCUAGAGUUUUAUUCUGUAUUUCCAGAAAUGUGCCAAAAGCAAAACCAUGACAGUGUAGUUAUUUCACUGAGAGCAAUAUUUCAAAUUGUGUUAUGAGCCAUUGCUCUCUAAUAUCCCUGUCCACAUAUAACACAAAACUUUUUGUUGUUAUAACAAGAUUAAAAUAUAGUGCAGGGAAAAUCAUAUUUUCUAAAACACAGGAACUAUUUGUAAAGAAGCCUGACUGGAUACAUCUUAUUUCAAGAUGUUCUGUUCCUCCUCUACUCACCUCAGCUUUAUUUAGAAUUUCUGCUACGUUUAGUUUCUGUGGAAGCCCUUCCACAUUUUAAAAUGUAAUAUACUUUGUACCAUUUAAUGAAUUUUGUGAUGAAUCACAUGUUGAUUGUUAUAAAUGUUAAAUAUCUUUUUUGUGAUACUUCUGUGAAAAAUAUGUUCUUUAUAGAUUUUUAACUCUGGGAGAGAUUUUAAGUAAUCCAGCUCUAGUGUUAGAUAAGAAAAACAACUUCAUAAUUCCCAGGUCACUAGUUAGUGACAUUGGGUAGGUCACCUCUCCUUGAGCUUUUCUUAAAUUUAUAUGUAAAAUAACAACUUUGAUCUUGAUAAUUUGUAAGAUCAUUUCCAGGUCUAAAAUUCUAUGAUUUUAUAUUUAAAUCUUCCUGAGUUUCUAAGAACAGAGGGAAAAGCAAGUCAGGAGAGUUUUGUGUCUUUAUGAAUGUUGCUAUUUAGUACUCCAUUGGAGACAGAACUUUUCUAAAUUAAAGAGUGUUUUUCUUCCACUGGAGAAUUUGAUAGCACAGCGCUCAAUUUUCUUUCCCAUUUGACCUAUGAUUGGCCAUUUGUAGGCAUGAGAACACUUCCCUUUCAGAAAUAGUUUGUGAUUGAAGUACUUUUCUUAUUUUUGCUUCCUAGGAUGAAAUUUUGUGGGGGAGGGAUGGAAAUGGGAGGGGAGAGUAAAAGAAUAGUAAUAAACUAUUUCUUUUAGAAAUUGGUAUCUAUCUUUGAUGUUUGAAAAAAUUAUGGUUGUACUAUGUUUAUGCUUUAUGUGUGCCUUGUAAGAUUCUCGUGAAAUUUUUUGUAAGCACUUUGAGAUUUUUGCUUAGGGGGAAGGGGUGUUUUGUGAAAGUGAUGGUUGUUAUUUAUUAUUAUUUAUUCCUGUUCGGUAGCACAGAGGGAUCUCAAAUCAUUCCUAGGAGAGUGUCUGUUUGCAUGAUGUUUCUAAACAAUUUCAGGAAAAUGAAAUCUUUUUUUAAAAUGCAGGUAUGGCAAAGUAAAGUGUUGAAUUUAUUCACUGAAAACAUUCACUUUUAGUUCUUUGUGUUUCUGAUAUGAUGGGAAAAAUAUGCAGCAUGUUUUGGUUCAGCCUCUUCAUUUACUGGAUUUAUGUAUAAAGGAUCUUGGAAAGACAGUUGUUACUUUGGUGUAAGAGAAAAUCCUUGCCAUUUUUCCCUGGAUGUAACUAUCCUAUAUGUUUACAUAAGAAAUAAUAAAGUGGAGAUGGGAAUGGA